CCUGCCUCUCUGCCUCAGCCAACCCGGGCUGUGCCGAGCUGCUCCCUGCGGGAUCAGAGCGCUCCCCCGCCGGGACCCUUCUCUCACAUCCCCCUGCUGGGACGCGGCUACAUUUCCAGCCAAGCACUGCCUGCCUUGGCUUUAUUAUGUGUGUCUGCGCCGCAGCCCCGCCAGCAGAGGCAGGCAGAGGAGGAGGAGGGAGGCUGGUAGCCAGAGUCAGGACAAAGAAAAAGCAGGGAGACAGAGGCUAGCGCAGGGUUAGACCGCUCCAAACAUCAGGCUGCUGCGUACUGGCGCCGCUGUAGGAAAUAUUAACAAACAGAAAGCGUGGGUUGCAAAAAGCAGCUUUCCCCUCCGGGUGGAGAGGCAGGGGGAAGGAGCGCACUGUCCAUGCCACCAGAUCCACACCACCUAGAGUAGAAUUAGCGGACGGAACACGGGAGGCUGUCCGGUUCGGCUCCUGGAGGGGGGUGUAAAGAGAACCAGAACAGCCCGAGACAGUGACAUUAAACUAAAGAAGCUCAGAGGAAGAGGAGAGGAGCGCAGGAAGGGAGGAAGUCCGCUUCAUCCUACAGAAAUUCUUAUUAUUUUUUAAGAAAAAAGGCAACCCCACUCUGCGGGGACCGCCGCGUGGCUGUCACUUCUCUCUCUCUCUCACACACACACACACACACACGACGCGCGGAGGUCCCGUCCAGGUGUUUUGCUUUUCCGGGCGCGUGGGUGGCGGUGGCAGCUCGCGCACAGGUCCGUCCGCGAGCGCUUGGAAGAGGUCGGAGGAGGCGGAACGCGUGCGGCGGCGGCGGCGGCGCGACGAGAAGAAACAGCCGAAACAAAUCAAGUCGCGGUGACCGUGGAAGUGGUGUCCGCUUAAACCCACGGCUUGGUGUGCGUGGGGGAAAAAAAGCAGCAGCAGCAGCUGACCGUCUCCCCGUUCCCGGUGUUGUUGGGCUGCUUGUGGCCGGACUGACGGCAGCGAGCGCAAGCUGCCGCAUUGCAACAGGCGAAGAAGCAGCAGCGGCGGCGGCGAAGAGGUGGUGGAGGUGAAGAAGAAGAGGGAGGAAGAGGAAAGGACAGCCCGGCUGCUCCGCCGCCUGCAUGGGAAGCUGAGACCCGGAGCGGAACGAGAGCAGUCAGAGAAAAUCGAGGUUCCAGAGAGCCAAGCGGAGAUGUCCAGACGGAAACAGGCCAAGCCGCGCUCUGUUAAAGCGGUGGAAGAAGGAGAACCCUCGGAGGGAGGAGGGACUUGGGAUGAAUCUGCCGUCCAGACAGACGUUCCUGCGCCCAACAGAGAGGCGGAGCUUAAAGACGGCCAGGGGGGCGUGGCCGAAGAUGGGGAGCAGGACGACGACGACCUGGACGACGAGUCCAUCUUUACCUGCGAUAACUGUCAGCAGGACUUCGACUGCCUGGCCGAGCUCACCGAGCACAGAACCAACCACUGCCCCGCCGACGGCGACGACGACCCUGCAGGCCUGUCCUGGGUGCCCUCCUCGCCCUCUAGCAAGGACGUGGCGUCGCCCUCCCAGAUGCCCGACGGCUGCUGCGACCUCGGCAUGGCCACCGGAGGCGAGGAGGAGGGAGGCGCCGGGCUGCCGUACCCCUGCCAGUUCUGUGACAAAUCCUUCAGCCGCCUGAGCUACCUGAAGCGACACGAGCAGAUCCACAGCGACAAGCUGCCGUUCAAAUGCACGUUCUGCAGCCGCCUGUUCAAACACAAGAGGAGCAGAGACCGCCACGUGAAACUCCACACAGGAAUUUCAUCUUUAAUUUUAUCGCCUGCAGGAGAUAAGAAGUACAGCUGCCAGGAAUGUGAAGCUGCGUUUUCUCGGUCUGAUCACCUUAAGAUCCAUCUCAAAACACACAGCUCCAGCAAACCAUUUAAAUGCUCAGUGUGCAAACGUGGAUUCUCCUCCACCUCAUCGCUGCAGAGUCACAUGCAGGCUCACCGUAAGAACAGAGAGCAUCUCGCGCUGAGGAGCGAGAAGGAUGGAGGGAAAAAGGGAACGGGAGGGGACGUCGACCUGGAGCAGGAUCUGUACAUGUGCGAUUACUGCGAGGAGACAUUCAGCCAGACGGACGAGCUGGAAAAACACGUCCUGACCCGACACCCACAGCUGUCCGACCGGGCCGACCUGCAGUGCAUCCACUGUCCAGAGAUCUUUCUGGACGAGGCUUCGCUGCUCACGCAUAUCGAGACGCAGCACGCCAACCGGAAACACAAAUGUCCUGUCUGCUCAGAGCAGUUCCCAUCUGUGGAGGACGUCUACUGCCACCUCGACAGCCACCGCCAGCCCGACUCCUCCAACCACAGCGCCGCCAGCCCCGACCCUCCACUGGGGAGUGUCGCCUCGAUGAGCUCGGCCACGCCGGACUCCAGCGCCAGUCUGGAGAGAGGCUCCACCCCUGACUCCACCCUUAAACACAGUCAGAGCGGCGAGCGAGGGCGCAGGAGAGGUGCUGAUUCCGUGGAGGAUGGGGGGAUAAGUCUGGCCCAUCAAGGCUCUGGAGGGAGUUGGGCUAAAGUGACGUACUCCUGCCCUUACUGCUCAAAGAGAGACUUCCACAGCCUGGCCGUGCUGGAGAUCCAUCUGAAGACCAUCCAUGCAGACAAGCCACAGCAGAGCCACACCUGCCAGCUCUGCUUGGAAACUCUUCCGACGCUCUACAACCUCAACGAGCAUGUGCGAAAGGCCCACCGCGCCAGCGGAGGGAGCGUCGGCUCAGCAGCGGCAGCAGCAGCUUUCCCUCUGCUUCAGUUCACAAACGUCACGGCGUUUCACUGCAACUACUGUCCAGACAUGUUCGGAGACAUCAACUCCCUGCAGGAGCACAUCCGAGUGUCCCACUGCCUGCCGGGUGGGAUCAUGGCAGGAUCCACCACACUAGAGGGGAACCAUGCCUUCUUCUGCAACCAGUGCUCCAUGGGAUUCCUCACAGAGUCCUCGUUAACGGAGCACAUUCAGCAAACGCACUGCACCUCGGCUACAGGUGGCGGGGCGGCCUCCGGAGGAGCCGUGGCCAAACUGGAGUCCCCCGUUCUCCAGGCUGCGUCUCAGUCCUUCAUGGAGGUUUAUUCCUGCCCUUACUGCACCAAUUCUCCCAUCUUUGGCUCACUCCUCAAGCUCACCAAACACAUCAAGGAGAACCACAAGAACAUCCCGCUGGCUAACAACAAACGGCAGGCGAAGGUGGCUGACCUCAGCCCGGCCUCCUCUGACGUGGAGAUCUCCUCUCCCAAACGCCACAGACUGGGUGGAGACUCCACUCCGUCCAUGGGAAGCAACGGGGACUACCCAUGCAAUCAGUGCGACCUUCGAUUUGCCAGUUUUGAGGGUUUCCAGGCGCACCUGAAGUCUCACCUGGAGAUGCUGCUGAGGCGCCAGUCCUGCCCGCAGUGCAACAAGGAAGACUUUGAGACACAGGAGGCGCUUCUCCAGCACCUCACAGUGCAUUACACCACCACAUCCACGCAGUACGUGUGCGAGAGCUGUGACAAGCAGUUCUCCUCCGUGGACGACCUCCAGAAACAUCUGCUGGACAUGCACACCUUCGUCCUGUACCACUGUACCCUCUGUCAGGAGGUCUUCGACUCCAAGGUCUCCAUACAGGUGCAUUUGGCUGUGAAACACAGCAACGAAAAGAAGUUGUUUCGCUGCACAGCCUGUGCAUGGGACUUCAGGAAGGAGGCAGAUCUUCAGCUGCAUGUCAAACAUAACCACCUGGGCCAGAGGUCGGGCCUUCCAGGUGGACUCGCAGGGCUGAAGCCUCGGAAGUGCAUCUUCUGUGGGGAGACGUUUGGAACCGAGGUGGAGCUCCAGUGUCACAUCACCACCCACAGCAAGAAGUUCACGUGUCGCUUCUGCGGCAAAGCUUUCCACGCCAUCUCCCUGCUGGAGAGACACCUGCGAGAGAAGCACUGCAUCUUCGACGGCAGCAACGUCACCGGCAACGGAGGAGGCACCGGGAGCAGCGGGAGUCAGAAUGGAACGCCCAACGGCCUCGCUCAGACCUCCAAGCGGGGAGGAGCAGCGAGCGGAGUAGCAGGAGGUGCAGAAAGAGCAACAAUCGCCGCUGCUGAGCAAGCCGACCUGCAGAACAUCCUGCUGAAGAGCGCAGUGGUCGUCGCAGGAGGAGGAGGGUCGUCGCAGGUGGGCGACACAGCCAACAGUCACGAGGCAAGUGGUGGAGAGGAGGAGCUGGACAACUCGGAGCCGAUGUACGCCUGCGACAUCUGCGGAGCGGCCUACACCAUGGAGUCGCUCCUGCAGAACCACCGCCUGCGUGACCACAACAUCCGGCCGGGAGAAGAUGAUGCAGGUUCCAGAAAGAAGAAGGCGGAUUUCAUCAAAGGGAACCACAAGUGCAACGUGUGCUCCAGGACGUUCUUCUCUGAGAGCGGCCUGCGUGAGCACGCUCAGACGCACCGCGGCCCCGCCAAACACUACAUGUGCCCCAUAUGUGGAGAGCGUUUCCCGUCUCUGCUGACUCUCACGGAACACAAGGUGACCCACAGUAAAAGCCUGGACACGGGGACCUGCCGGAUCUGUAAGAUGCCGCUGCAGAGCGAGGAGGAGUUUAUAGAGCACUGCCAGAUGCAUCCCGACCUCCGCAACUCGCUCACCGGCUUCCGCUGCGUCGUCUGCAUGCAGACCGUCACCUCAACGCUGGAGCUGAAGAUCCACGGCACCUUCCACAUGCAGAAGCUCUCCUCCGGCUCGGCGCUGGGAGGAGCCGGAGGCGGCAACGGGGCAGCGGGUGCGGGGAACGGCUCGGCCUCUUCGUCCCCCAACGGACAGCUGCAGCCGCACAAGCUCUACAAAUGCGCCUUCUGCUUGAAGGAGUUCAAGAACAAAGGGGAUCUGGUGAAACUGGACGUCAACGGGCUACCUUACGGCCUCUGUGCUAGCUGCAUGAGCAGGGGAACAAAUGGCCAGAGUCCCAGCCUGGUUGGAGGAGCUGUGACGCCCGGAGACGCUCAGCCAGACAAGGCCCUGACCGGGCUGAGGUGUCCAGAGUGUGGCGUGAAGUUUGAAAGCGUCGAGGACCUGGAGAGCCACGUCCAGACGGAUCACCCGGAGGUCAGCCCUGAAACCAGCGCAGCAGGAAAGAAGGCCGAGUCUUCACCCGCACCCAAGAAAAAGACCUACCAGUGUAUUAAAUGCCAAAUGACGUUUGAGACGGAAAGAGAGAUCCAGAUCCAUGUGGCUAAUCACAUGAUCGACGAGCCCACCUGUCAGCAAGGUUUGUCCGCUUUCUGUCUACUAGCUCACACAGUGAGCGAGGCAGCGCUUCUUUCUCUGUCUGCUCAUCACCAUGAACAUUACCCUCCUUUCAAAAAAAUAAAAAUACACGUUGCAGAAAUGGUCAACGCCCCUUCCUUUCCUUAGAUUUUCCUUGCAAGC